ACGGUUGAUGCCUCUUACCAGUGGUACGCUUGCUUCCGUUCUUGAGUUUGGGGAUCACUUUUUUAGUUUCCGCUCCGCUUUUCGUUUUUCGAAGUCCUCACAAAUCCGAGCAGCUCAACUUUUCACAAGCCUUCGCAAACUCUACACAAAGUUUCAUUCAUCGAUCAUUCAUUAUUAUUCACCAUGCUUACCACUCUACUUUUACUGCUUGCCGUUGUCUUUGGUGUCGUUGAAGGCGCACAGUACAGAGCAAUCCUCAACUACAAGCAGGUGGCCAACCCCGAUUGCAGCAAUCUUGGUGGACUCAUUGAAAGCGACAUUUCCAAGCCUGCAUUGAGUGCAGCCGGGAUUACCUUGGACAACAGCGUCCAAUGGCAGAACCGCAACGGCAACGGCCGCCGCCUUCGUGGUACUACUGAUAGUAGUAGUCGAUCUCUAUCUGCAUGGGAGGACUUGGCGGACGCCAAGAAGACAGCCGAAGCGGAAGCGAUUAAAAUCCUUUCCGGAAACGCGCUGUUUGGUGCAUGCCUGGAGACUGGCUCUGAUCUCGAUGUGGAAUUCACAAUCCAAAGAGACAACAAUGGGCAAAACAACGGGUCUUAUGACCGCAACGCAAGAGAGCUCUGCGAUUGCCAUUGCAUCCAACUUUUGUGCAACACAAAUCACUAUUAUUGCCAAUUUACGUGUUAGUAGAAAGCAAGCAAGAAACAGCAACCAGCUGGUGACUUGAGGGGGAAAGGAAACUCCACGGCAAACGCGUAGUCCAUCCAUAACUUGUAUAAACGACUAGAGAUAUAUACAACUUCC